UCUCUAUAUAUCACAAAAAUGACAUCUUCUACAAGUGAGAGUUCUUCCACCAAAGCAAAGGCAAAACCAGCAAAAAAGGAGAAGAUAUUUCACCCACAAUCUCGCAAAGCUGGCCAGCUUGCUCGUACCCAGCUCCGGCAGAGCAAACUUGCUGGUCAGGCAUCAAAAAGAUCAAAAAAACAUUCAUCAAAAGUCAACUUUUACGGAUUCUUCUAUCACGCUCUGCCAGAAGAGGGGGAGUUGACCCUGGGGGAGUUGCACUCGAUCGUUGCCGUAUGGCUCGCUCGACAUGAUGCAGAUCUGGAUGAAGAGAGAUCCAUCAGGCGGAAGGGUCGACCGAAGAGUGUGAAGGAGCAGAAAUUAGAAGAAAUGAAGUUACAGGAGAUAAAUGAGUAUCGGACCGGCAUGGAUGUACCCGAUCUCACACAUCCCGCCAAUGUUUCUCUCUUCCGCAAGUGGGAUCAAAUCGAGGUCGCAUAUGUACAAAUGCUACGUUUCAUCCGAAUAACCAGUGCCAAACCCGAGGUUUCCGUGCUUUCGCGCGUCGGAACACACUUCACGCUACAGCUCGACACAAAUCCCACUUCUUCUGAACCUCAGGCCAUGAAUGUCGCCGAGGCACCGCUCUCCACAGAACCUCCUUCGCGGUUUGCCAGCACAAUCAUGGCUAUGGAUGGGAUAAUGUGA